AUGCCGUUGCAAAGUAUACGAGAUGAAUCACAACAGUCACCUGAACACUCCAAUGGUGCCACCUACAUCACUAAAUCCUUUCUCGAAUCUCACUAUGUUUUAAUUAUCGCAUGUAUCGUAAUACUUGGUUUGGUAUUUCAUCUUCGUCACAAGAUAGGUGAGUUACUUGACAGAUAUAGAACUAGAAGAAGAAUCCAGCAAGGGUAUUACCACAAUUUGGGAUCAUUUGAGGGCGAUAUUAAUGACGGAUUGAGUAGCUUGAACUUUGAUUUGGAAGCUAAUAAUCUGAAUGAUACAAGGCAAGGGUUGAGUCAAAUAGCAAAAGAGGAGAUUAAAAAGAUUAUGCAAACCAAGGGUAUCAGUUUUGACGAGGCUAGAUUGGAGUACACAAAAGGUGAGUUGAAUAAAAACAACAUUGAUGAUGAUGGUCUACCAAGAGAUCCUAAGUUAGUGGUAUUUUGA